CUCGUCUCCCCUGGCUGGGAAUCAUGCUCCUUGGCAGCGCAGUAGGACCGCACCUGGAGAGCGAAUCCGUCCUCGUUGCAGAUAUCAUCUUCCCCCAACGUGGUGUCGAACUCACCGGAUAGCGUGGACAGGGAUUUGCACUUUGUAUAUCGCGCUCGAAGAUCCAAUCAAGAUGAUCGCGUCGCAGUCUUCUCGUCACAUGCUGCGUGCCGUCGCUUCACGGGCGUCGAUCAAGGCUCCAGCGGUGGCCAGGCCAUCAGAAGCAGUCGCAGCAGCAGCGGCCGCUUCUGCUUCUCGGCGCACGUUCAGCAGCGGCACAGGUGUCGCUCGAAACGGCCGCUCGAACUCAGGUGCUGUCCCAAAUGUUGAUCAACGCCGGAUCACCACCUCCUCCAUGGGCCGCGAUGCAGAGAAGCCUACACACGCAUCUACGGACGAGCACAUCGUGCCCUACCCUGAUCUGCAUGAGCGUGACCCGGACGACAUUGGUCACUCCACCACCGGUGGCAAGGUGGGACCGCACACGAAGCGAACGCUCGCUUCCUUCUCCAUGGACUCAAAAGUCUGCGUCGUGACCGGCGCCGCACGGGGUAUCGGCAACCUGAUUGCACGUACAUUUGUCGAGUCUGGAGCCAACUCGAUCGCCGUGCUGGACCUGAAUGCGGCGGAAGCGCAGCAGGCCGCGAAGGACAUCGAGGCGUGGUUCCUCGAGCAUGGCCAGGUGUCCGAGGGCGAGAUCGAUGUGCAGGGCUACGGUUGUGACGUGUCGAACGAGGACAACGUCAUGCGCGUCAUGCAGGACAUCAAGGAUCGCUUUGGCAAAAUCGAUGUCGUCGUCAACUCGGCCGGCAUCGUUGAGAACUUCCCCGCGACGCAGUACCCGACGAACAAGAUGAAAAAGCUGUACGACAUCAACAUCAACGGCAGCUACUACGUCGCGCGUGAAAGCGCUAAGCACAUGCUCGCCGAUGGGACCAAAGGCAGCAUCAUCCUCGUCGCCUCUAUGUCCGCCGGCGUCGUUAACAUCCCUCAGCCUCAGGCACCGUACAAUGCCUCUAAGGCGGCCGUCCGUCACCUCGCCGCCUCCUUCGCCGUAGAGUGGGCCAAGGCCGGCAUUCGCGUCAACUCGCUCAGCCCCGGUUACACACUAACAUCGCUCACGCGCACCAUCCUCGAGAGUAGCCCUGCAGGUCGGGAGCUGAGAGAGACGUGGGAAAACCUAACGCCCAUGGGCCGCAUGGCCGACCCCGAGGACCUGAAAGGCGCCGUCAUUUACCUCGCAAGCGACGCCAGCGCCUUCACGACGGGCACAGACCUCCUCGUCGAUGGUGGUUACACUGCUACUUAAUAGAUUUAGAGGUGGCGAAACCUUGUCUUCCAGUCAAAAGCACAUUUCGAAUUGCAUUAAUAGACCUUGCCGCCGUCUCAUGAAACCUGGCAUUGAUUCAUCCUUCUCUCUUCCUUACUCGGGUUCUUUCUUGUUCCCUCUUGCUAUUUCGGGGGUUCACUUUAAUAACGGUCGAUCUGUCCUGUAUCUUAAGCAUUCGCCCAUCCUGCUCAUCAAUCAAUCGAGAAAUGCUCACUCGCAACAGGGCAUUUCUUUGCACGC